AUGGCAUCACAGGAGAAUGAAGAGUUCCUGAUCCGUCGUAUGCAGAGCUCAGAUAUCCCCAUUUUGGGUGUUUUAGCUGCUACAGCAUACUCUGAUUCGCCUCUGAAUGCCUUCCUCUGUCCGCAUCGCCACGAAUACCCUGAGCACGUCAUCCGUCGCUUCGUCCAGAUGAUCCAAGGUCGCUACCUGAACCCUCGAAGCAUUGGCUUUGUAGCCGUGCAUCAUGCCACUCCAUCUACCCCCGUAGCCUAUGCGCAGUUCAUCCGACUCGGCAAUGACCAGGCUGCAUUGCAAUUGCUCUCCAAUCAGCGCUCUCUUUGGCGCUUACUAAAAACAUGGUGGUUCAAGAUUCGAACGUCCGUUGUGAAUCUCGUUUGGCCUGACCGGUCUGUCAAUCCUGACGCGUUGAAUGAGUAUUUCGAAUCCUGUAAGCAUGAUGAGCAGUGUUACUGGGAGUCUCCGGAGAUGAAGAUUAAAUAUUUGAAUCGUUGGCAUGCACAAAGCGUGGUGGUGUCUUCGUCUUGUCAGCGACAAGGAAUUGGGCGGCGACUGAUGGAAGAGGUACUGCAAAGAGCGCAGAGUGAAGGAGUGAUAGUGGGAUUAGAAGCAAGCCCAGAUGGAGAGAAGCUCUACCAGAAGCUGGGAUUUGAGCUACGGGGUCCAUUCUCCAUGAACAUUGGUCUACCAGCGGGAGGGAUCAUGAUGUGGAAACCGAAAAGGUCUUGA